AGGGGCGGAAGCCACGCACGCAACGUGUAAGUGUGCUCGCGAAUCCUGUCGCGAAUCGAUCGUGUCAGCUACAUUCUCGCGGCUCAAGUGAAGCAUUUUACGAUAGUGCGUAAUAAUUCGAAUAAAGAGAGGGUUCGAGAGCAAAAGAACAGAGGAAACAAACAUCAAGAUGAGCAAGCGAUUAGAGACUGUGGCCACGAUGACUUGCAUGAAGACCCUGCUGAUGCUUUUUAAUUUCAUUUUUUGGGCAUCCGGGGUAUUGAUGCUAUGCAUUGGCAUAUGGAUGCGCAUUCAGCUGCAGGAUUACAUGAACAUGAAUGUGCAGGGCAGCGGAGCGGCCCUGUUAGCGCUCGCGUGCUUGGGUGCGGUGUUAGCAGUAGCGGCGGUUCUCGCCUGUUGCUGCACUGCGCGAGGUCAUCCCGCUCUACUAUACCUGUAUGGCGCGUUUCUAGCCGUCGUCGCAUUAUUGGAACUUGGCGCGGGUGCGUCGGUUUAUGCUUAUCGUACAAAUUUGAAUGAAGGAUUCGAUCAAAGUCUAAACCAGAGCAUGGAAGCCUAUGGACAGAAUCAUUCCAUGAACAAUUACUUAGACAGCAUGCAAUCAACCUUGCAUUGCUGCGGUAAUCGUGGAUACGUCGAUUGGCGUAAUUUGAAUCCACCAAAGAAAAUUCCCUCGUCUUGCUGCAAGGUGGCCAAAUGCGAAUCGAACGAUGUAGAACAAAUUUAUACCGACGGAUGUUACAGUCGUGUGCUGGAUUUCAUAAACGGUAACAUCGGUCUGGUAGCCGGUACAGCGAUCGGUGUAGCCUUUUUUCCGUUGGUGGGCAUCUUCCUCGCGUGUUGUUUAGCCAGUAACAUCAAUAAGGCUGAGUAUGAACAGGUCGCUUAGGCACGGCAUUCGCGCAAACAGCAACGACGCUUCUAUCAGGAAACGAAAACACUCGUGUCACUAGCGACAACAGCGAACGUACACAAUUUCAACACGUGAGCACAAAACUGAUUUUGAUUGAGGCAAGCGCGCAUUUUGACCUAUUUCGAGAUUUUAAUCGAAGACUCUGCUGCAUAAAUUAAAUAAAAGUCUACAGUAUAAGGUACGCAUCUUUAAGUAUAAAAUUGUAUCUGAAAAAAUGGAUCUUAUAUAUCAAAUUAUAAAGUUAUAUUAUUUCUCGAUGAAUCUUUUAAUUCUUAUUUAUCUUAUCGAUUUGAUGAUCAAUGUUGAAAUUUGCACUCGUGGAACUGUACUUCCAUGAAACUAUUCCAAUCAAAAUCCAUUAAUAAUUAAAUUAAUAGUUACAAUGUUAUGUUAAGAUAUAUAAUAAUCCCCUUUUAGAUCUCAUAUAAAAAGUUCUUUAAAUAUAUUUCAUUAGUAUUUAAAAAUUACAUAUAUGUAUGUGGUAUGUAUAAUUUACAUACACAUACAUACAUACAUACAUACAUACAUACAUACAUACAUAUAUACGUACAUUGUAUGUAUAUAUUAUGGUAUAUGUAUAGAAUGAUUGCUUAUAAAAAAUCUCCUUAACAAUUUUCUGUAAAAUUUCAACAAGCAGAUAGAGGAACAAAGAAGUAGAAAGUAUUAGAAUAGGACAAAAGUUCCUUGUGUGUUUAAACUUUAUUUCAAAAUCAAAAUGUAGACUAUGAUAAUAAAAACUGUAUACCAUGAUUGUGUAUUGUUAUCGUCGAAAUAUUUGAUUAUUCAUAAUUCAAUAUCUCUUUCUGUUUCCUUGCAUAAUUCUUGUCGAAGAUUUAAGAUUUGCACAACACUCUGUCAUUCUAUAUUACAUGCUGUAAGAGAGUUUCGUAUAUGAAAUACAAGAAGAGAAUAUCUUGUAUGGAAAAAUACGCAAUCUUUAUUAUAGAAUAUUAUAUUUAUUAUAGAAAUAUAAAUAUAUCUAUGUAUAUAGAGAGUGAGACACUUGACUCGGAUCAUUUCUGUUAACUUUUCUAUUUGACACAUUAGAAAGAAAUUAGAACUCGCGCAGAAAUUGGGGAAAUCUUUUUGUUAUAUGAAUUCUAUAAUAUAAUUAGAUAUUAUCGUUUGAUAAUCAUAUAAUAAUAUUUUGUAAUAUUAACAAAGAUGCCAAAUAAAAAGGUUAAACGAAGAUGAGCGCAAGCGUUAAGUGCCUCUAACUCUUUAAGUUAUAAAAUAUAUUAUAUAUAUAUAUAUAUAUAUAUAUAUAUAUAUAUAUAUAUAAAAUGAGAAUACACACACACACACACACAUAUUAUAUAUUCCAUCAUGUUACAAGAUUAACAUAAAAAAAGGCGGAGUUCUAUUGUAAAUCUCAUUUACAAAUAUUCUCAAACUAUUUAAAUAUCUCUACGCGAUAUCGAGGAAGCUGCGCAAUUUCGUCGCAGAAUCAAUAUCCGAUUGUUUACGUCAAUCGCUAUAGCUUUUAUGUACGUUUACUGUAUAUCGUGGAAUGCGUACACUUUGUACAAGUUCUGACAAGCCUUAAAUAAAGAUCAAUGAAAUAUC